AUGGACCCUGCGGGUCCCAGCGCCCAGGCUCAGGCCCAGCCGCCGCCACCUGAGGCGUGGCCGGCCGUCAACUCCGAGGAGGAGCUCUACGACUGCCUGGAUUACUACUACCUGCGCGACUUCCCGGCCUCCGGGGCCGGGCGCAGCAAGGGCCGGACGCGGCGCGAGCGGGAACGGCGCACCAACCGGCCGGUGCCCGGCGGUCACGAGCGCAAGAUCGCGCAGAAGCUCGUCAACGGCCAGCGCAAGCGUCGCCAGCGCCAGCUGCAGCCCCGGCCGCGCACUCGCCUCGCCUGAGCGCCGGAUACCCGAAGGACCUGAUAAAAGUAUUUUCUCUGACUCCAGCUGUAACUGGUCCUAAGGGGGAGAGAAUCCAUGUUGGUCAACAGAACUUUCCGACAUCGCUUAAGUUUACUGCUUCAGUAUCUUUUCCUUACUGAUUAUUAAUUAAGUAACAUCCAAGUGGGUAUACCUUUUUAGGGUUUUGAAUUAAAAGAGAGCAGUAAGAAUGGCAUUUUAACUUUUUUUUUCAGUUGCUAUGGUAACCCCAAGUCCACAAAUAUUUGAGUUCUUAUGUGUGAAGAAGAGGUCACAAAGGAAUAGGGGGAGAACAAAGGAAUUUGUACAAGAUUUCAACCCAGCUGUCAUAGAUUACUGGGCAGGUUUAAUAUUUGUUUUCCAGAGUAGGAAUAUUUUAAGUUGUAAUUGUGUAUAUUGGAACAGUUGCUAGGUUCUCUGCACUAUUGAUCCCACAACAAUCCUUUGAGGUAGACAUUUCUAUGUCCAUUUUACAGGGGGGAUUCUGCAGCACAGAGAGUUCAAGUAACUUUCCAGAGGUCAUACAGCUGUUUAGGAAGACCAGGCAUAACAGAUACUCAAACGCAUUCACUCUUUCCAGCAUCACAGUCUCCUCAACUGUAGACAAGUUCUGUGGUUCAGAACCACCCACAAACUCCAUGUCCAAGGACAAGAGUUGAGUUAUCGUUUAAAAAUUAUGCAGAUCAUGGCAGGGUAGCUUCCUUUUCUCUUCAGUCUGCAUUCAGUCAGGCCUCCGUGCCCAGCGGUGAGUCCUUGGUUAGGAGAGAAGGGUGGUGUACUGGGAGGAGCAACCUGAAUAUUAAUCCUAGCUAUGACUGUUCAUCGCUCUGGCAUUCAGCAAACUUCUGAGUUUCAAGUUCCACCAAGCUUCAGGUUUCUUAUUUGUAAAAAGGGAAUGAUAUUGAAUUACCUUGCUGAACGGUGGAUUAGAGAAAAAAAUAUAUAAAACAUCUGACACAAUUAAGGACCUGGCACAUA